CUGCCAAGUAAAUAUCUGUCUGCGGGUGCAGAGGGUCACUCACAGCUGCAGCCACAAGUCUGAUGGGGAAAAGAAGGAUGCUCAGGAUGGGGUUAAGUGGAUCAAGUCUUCUUCUUGCCAUCACUCUGAUGUCUUCAAUACAAAUAAUUAAGGCGGAUGGGGAACACCGUCCCAAGAGAGACCUAUUUGCACCUCAAGAGUCCGUUCUAGACAUGGCUCUUUCCUCUUAUGAUGACCAGUACAAAGGAUGUAGUGAUAUGAUGGAAGCUGAGAUCGCUCAGUUGUUCCAAAUAGAGUACUCUACAAACAAGGAGUUUGCUGAGGCCUGGGAUUCUGCAACCUUCAAAUGGGAGGAAAAAAAGCCAUUUGCAGUGGUUCCUCAAGGCUUUAAAGACCAAUACGCCAUUGCAAUAUUAGCUUACACCAUAAAUGGACCCCUCCACAAGGUCUUCAAUGCAGCUGUGAGGGAGGCAGGCCGGUCCAGACAAUAUUAUCUCAACACUUUUAGGUUUAAGGUUUUACAUUAUUACUUGACAAAAGCUCUUCAAAUGUUGGAUGCUAUAGAGAAGCCUAAUUGUCAUAGAGUAUUUAGAGGAACACGGGGGAUUCGCUUUAAGUCUGAAACCAAGACGCCUAUUCGCUUCGGCCAGUUUACAUCUUCCUCAUUAAAUGACCAGAAUGCCUUGGCGUUUGGUGAAGACACCUUCUUUAACAUACAAACUUGUUAUGGGGUCAACAUCAAGAACUUCUCGUUCUUCCCUGGAGAAGAAGAGGUGCUUAUUCCGCCAUAUGAAAAGUUCAAGGUGACAAAUUUUGCUAGAGACAAAGAAAGGACUCUGAUUAACCUUCAGUCACUAGAAAAGGCCAGUGUUUACAACUGUGAGUAUGUAAAAGAAAAACGAUGCAAAUCCAAACUGUGUCUGUUCAAUUCAGCUUCCAGCUUCAGGAUGAAUGUGUUUACGCCAGAGAUCAUUUCACUUUUCUUGCUGCCCUUACAAAUGUAUUGGAUAAGCUGAGUCUGGCAGUGUGCUCAUUCCUAUAACCCAGAGCUGGCUCCAGAGAUUGUGCUGUCUGGGUCCAAGAAUGAAAUCCCUUAUCCCUCCACUAAAGCCUAAACCCAACCACAGUCAGCAGACUCAAUGAUAAAGCAGAUUGAAAUAUCAUAUGUGAGCUAAUUGGUACCACCUUAUGGAUUCCAUAUGACAAUAAAUUCAGAAUAUGCUCUUCUGUUGUCUCUUGUCACAGGCCUUCUAGGGCUUAUGGUUCCCCUGGUUCCAGACAUAGUCAGCACUCUCAGAGGUUAAGCAUUUCACAUCACAGCAUACUGGUACCCAAAUGAUGGACUUCAAAUGAGAACAAUUUCACAAUAUACUCUCACUAUUUGCCGCCUCUGCACAUGCUGCCUCUAUCUCAUGGUCCCAUUUGGCCAAUUACAGUGCCGACCCUUCUAUUACCACCCAUAGCUGGUCAACUGAUUGUAUCAACGGUAGAGAAACAUAAUUUGCAACAUUAAUUAAUCAAGGACAUUUUCUGAUCUAAAAAUGACAGUCCUUUUUUAUUUAAUUUUUUAACAUAUUGACAAAAUGAAAUAAUCCACUGGAACUGUACUGUCUGCCCCGCUAUGUUCUUCCUGCAAACCGUACUCACAGUUACGGAAAGGCUGCCUUUACAACAGGGCCGGACUGGGAAUUAAAAGCAGCCCUGGAAAAAUUGAAGACCAGCCCACUUUUUCGUUGAGUCCGUAGAAUCCACACACCUACUGGGAGCUAGCUGAACACAUUAGGUGAGCCAAUGACAAGAGGCAUGUAUGUGCAGCCACCAAUCAGCACAUCAGAUGAGCCCAUAAAAAGAGGCAUAGAGUCACCAAUCAGCAGUCAGCUCCAAGCAACUACCUAGAUAUGCUUUUCAACAAAGGAUACCAAGAAUUGGAAGCUAAUUUUAGUAUAGAAGUAAGAUUAGAAGUUGUUUAAAAUAUAUGCUCUAUCUGAAUUAUGUCUUUAAAUUUGAUUAUAAUGUCCCUUUAAUUAAAAAUGUAAAAUGCUGCAAUUUACAGAGUUCCGUGCAAAUAUACCUAAGGACAAUCAGCGUAUAAUGCCUUACGGCGCGAGGCAGGACACUGCCGAUAACUGGUGGGGGCCCCCUCGUGCCUUAUGUCUAAAAUGGACUUUACCUUAAAUUCCUUGAAACUUUAACUACAACCUUUUGGGUUACGCACUUUUUCUAAAUGUACGAAAUUGUAUGGUACUUUGACUCUGUUAUGUAAUCAUAUUAUCUUCAAUAAAGCUUGUUUUGAAAAAAAAAAAAAUGUAAAAUGUAAUUGCAUUUAAAGGGACAGUAAAGUCAUAAUUAGACAUUCAUGAUGUAGACAGAGCAUACAAUUUUAAACAACUUUCCAAUUUACUUCUAUUAUUUAAUUUGUUUCCUUCUCUUGUUAUCCUUUGCUGAAAGGUUUAUCUAGGAAAGCUCAGGAGCAGCAAAGAACCUAGGUUCUAGCUGCUGAUUGGUGGCUGCAUAUAUAAACCGAUUAUCAUUGGCUCACCCAUGUGUUCAGUUAGAAACCAGUAGUGCAUUGCUGCUCCUUUAACAAAUGAUACCAAGAGAAUGAAGGACAUUUGAUAAUAGAAGUAAACCGGAAAGUUGUUUACAAUUGUUUGUUCUACCUAAAUGAUGAAAGCAAUGUUGUGGGUUUCAUGUCCCUUUAAUCGCUGCUUUUAGAUUCUCUUUUAUUUAUUCCCCAUAAGUUACCUUCACCUAGAUUACGAGGGUGCAACACGAACGCAACAAAAGUUACGCUAUUUCACCCUCCAUAGCGCUGCCAUUACGAGUUACUGAAAAGCCUCCUUGUGCGUGCGAUACGGUGGCGUUAAGCUCCAUACCGCACAAAAGCCAAGGGCUGCUUUGACGUGCUCAUGCACGCUUUCCCCCAUAGACAUCAAUGGGGAGAGAGUAUUAUAAAAAAAACUGAUUUGAACAGCCAUUAGGAUUUCAGAAGCUCUCAUCCUAUUGGCUGAUUUGAAUUUGAAGAAUCAAAUCAGCCAAUAGGAAUGCAAGGGACACCAUUUUGAAACGGCUACCUUGCAUUCAACUUCAGUGUACAGCGGCGACUGUAUAAGGAGGACGCUCCACGCAGGAUGGGAUCAACUUCCAGGAUGGCUCCGCUCCAUGCCGCCGGUAUGAAGAUAGAAGACGCCCCCGGGAUGGAUGAAGACCUCGCCGCCUGGAUUAAGACCUCGCCGCCUGGAUGGAAAUGGAUGUCCGGACUUCAGAAACCGUGAGUAGAUCUGGGGUUAGUGUUAGAUUUUUUUUUUCGGGUGCUUUUUUUUAGAUUAGGGCUUUGAAAAAGAGCUAAAUGCCCUUUUAAGGGAAAUGCUCAUACAAAUGCCCCUUUAGGGGCAAUGGGUAGCUUAGGUUAUUUUUAGAGUUAGGUUUUUUAUUAUGGGGGGUUGGUUGGGUGGUGGGUUUUACUGUUGGGGGACUUUGUAAUUUUUUACAGGUAAAAGAGCUGAUUUAUUUAGGGCAAUUCCCUACAAAAGGCCCUUUUAAGGGCUAUUGGUAGUUUAUUGUAGGUAAGGGGUGUUUUUAUUUUGGGGGCUUUUUUAUAUUUAUAGGGCUAUUAGAUUAGGUGUAAUUGUAUUUAUUUUUCAUAAUUUCGUUUAUUUUUUUGUAAUCUUACUGUUUUUCAUUUUUUUCGUGAUUUUAGUGUUAAUUAUUUAUGGUAAACUUAGAUUUUUUACAUUUUACGUAGCAUUUGGGGUUUUUUUUAGUUGUAAUUUAGAUUUGUAAAUUUUUCUCCUAGUGUAAUUUUUUUUUUUAGUUUGUAAUUUAGAUAUUUUUAAUUGGUAGUAUUUUUUAUUUUAUUACAUUAGUUGUGUUAGGUUAAUUUAUAGUUUAAUGGUAGGUUUAUUCUUAUUUAUUUAAAUAUUGUUAUAUUGUAAUUUUAAUUUAAAGUUAGGGGGUGUUAGGUUUAGGGGUUAAUAGUUUAAUUUAGUGUUUUACGAUGUGGGGGGGGCGGCGGUUUAGGGGUUAAUAGGUUUAUUUUGUGGCGGAGAUGUGGGAAGCCGGAGGUUUAGAGGUUAAUAACCUGGCAGCGAUGUUGGGGAGUGACAGAAUAGGGGUUAAUAACUUUAUUAUAGUGGUGGCGAUGUCAGGGAGUGGUGGUUUAGUGGUUAAUAAAUUUAAAUAGUGUUGGCGAUGUGGGGGGGCAGCAGAUUAGGGGUUAAUAGGUUUAUUUAAUACUCGCGAUGUGGGUGGGUGGCAGAUUAGGGGUUAAUAGCUUUAAUAUAGUGUUUGCAAUGCAGGAGGACGCCAGUUUAGGGUUAAUAGGUAGUUUAGGGGUCAAUGUAUUAUUGUGCGUACGGAAAUGAUACGAUGUAGCAUACGCUGUCGGCAUUUAUCAUUGCACCAGCAUCUCUUGUGAACUGCUGGUGCAAUGCCGCCACCUGCAGAUUCGCGGCCAAUCGGCCCCUAGCAGGCGGUGUCAAUCAACCCGAUUGUAUUCAAUCGGGUUGAUUGGUGUUCGCCACCUCAGAGGUGGAGGACGAAUUAAUUAGCAUUGGUCUUAGGACCGCUGCGUCUUAACUUCCGCUUAAGGUGGAACUGAAGUGGGUCGGAAACAGCAUCUGCUGCUUCAUAAAUCAACCCCUUAGUGUACUUUGUAACAGUUUAGUUAUGAGUUUUGUGAAACAUUUUUGUUACACAAAAUCCAUAACUACUGCUCUCAGAUGGCGGUAUGGAUCGUGUCAGUAUAGGUUCUACGGAUCGCGUCAGUAUAGGCUCUACGGAUCGUGUCGGUAUAGGCUCUAUGGAUCAUGUCGGUAUAGGCUCUAUGGAUCAUGUCGGUAUAGGCUCUACGGAUCGUGUCGGUAUAGGCUCUACGGAUCGUGUCGGUAUAGGCUCUAUGGAUCGUGUCGGUAUAGGCUCUAUGGAUCAUGUCGGUAUAGGCUCUACGGAUCGAGUCGGUAUAGGCUCUACGGAUCGUGUCGGUAUAGGCUCUACGGAUCGUGUCGGUAUAGGCUCUACGGAUCGUGUCGGUAUAGGCUCUACGGAUCGUGUCGGUAUAGGCUCUACGGAUCGUGUCGGUAUAGGCUCUACGGAUCAUGUCGGUAUAGGCUCUACGGAUCGUGUCGGCAGGGCCGCCACUAGAAAUUUUGGGGCCCCUGACUUAACCAUUGAUCAGGGCCCCCUCCCCUCCUUUGACAUGUGCAAUUUUUGACCAAGUGACUAAAAUGUAUAUGCACUUUAUUCUUGUGUCUAUUUAAACUUGGAAAUGUUGUAAAGGUAGUAACAUACACUGAAACACACACACACUCACACAUAAGGAUUCACAUAUAGACACUCUAGCAAACACGCAAAGAAACUCAGACACAGACACCCAGACAGACACUUAGCACUUGUUUACAUUGACCUGACAAGUAAUGAGGUAAACUACAGUUUUGUAAAAAAAAAGGAGAUUUAGAAAACAAAAUAUGGAGUUCUGAUUAUCUUUUUGUAAAGGAAGAUGCAAACUAAAUGAUGACAACAGCAUGCAGUGGCUGAAAGGAAGGGCCCUGAACUGCCUAAACAAUAAUUUAAAGGUUAAAUGGUAGAUUGGUGACUUCCGGAAAGGUCUCAUUAGUCUCAAAGUCUGUAGAAAGGUGUGAAUAAUCAGUAGUAAGAUCAAAAUGUCCUAAAAAGGAACAGACAAUGGACACACACACAAACUCAAACUUGCACAUACACCCAAGGAAACACCAACAGAGACCGCCUCAGAAAACACACAAAGACAUACACACACACACACACACAGAGACACCCACAGAAAAUACAGAAAGACAUACAUACACACCCUCACAGGAACACCCACAUAAAAUACACACCCUCACAGAGACAUCCACAGAAAACACAGACAUACAUACACACCCUCACAGAGACAUCCACAGAAAACACAGACAUACACACUCACCCUCACAGAGGCAUCCAGAGAAAAUACACGAAGACAAACACACGCCCACCCUCACAGAGAUACCCAUAGAAAAAGCUCAAAGACAUAUGCACACACCCUCACAGACAUCCACAGAAAAUGCACAAAUACAUACACACCCAUCCUCACAGAGAUACCAACAGAAAAAAAUACAUACACACACAUAGAGACACAAACCAAAGCACAAAGACAUAAACACAGACACCCACAGAAACACUCACAGGAGGAAACAUUGAUGCACCUUGCAUCCCCUAAAUCAACAGUGUGUGACAUGCAUGAUAAAAAAAAUGCAGAAAUUAAGAGAUCACUUUUUAAAGAAUCAUAUUUGUAAAUGUGCAAACAAAAAUAAUUCUGUGAAUUCAAAAUUGUAUAGUAAUGAUAUGGGUAGAUGGCUAGAUGAAGAAAAGUACUUUUAAAAGGUUGACAUAUGUUUGUUUGAUAUUUUCCCCAUUUUCCCCAACCAAGAGCACCACUUCAAAUAUAGUGUACAAAUUUUCCCAUCUGUCAGCUGUACUUGUGGAUUUUGAAAAUGCUGUACUCUAUAUGGUCUUGGUGGAACCAUAAGCUGUGGUACUCAUUCCAUUAGAUCUGGUUAAAUGCAGGAUUUAAGCUUGUUGGUAUGCAUUUCAAAAUUAAGUCAGCUGUAGAGUAAACUGAACAGUUUUAAGUUAACCUGUCUAAUUUCCAACACUGAACAAUCUUAGUCUGAGAGUAUAACAUGUUAUGCAGAUGUAAAAAUCUUGGAUAAAAUGCCUCCUUGUAUCUGGAAAGUCCUUGCAUAAAGGGGCAGUAAACUGGAAUGUAAUAUAUAUCAUUUGUGUAUUGAGGAGGAAACAUUUCUGCAUGGUUUUAAAUAUAGAAUUUCUACAGCAUUGUCAAAUAAUCAUAAAUACACUGCUGCUAAAAAAAUGUGUUUUAUGGACCCCUGGCCCCACCAUACAACUACUACCACACUGAAGUUACAAUCUUAAAUCGCACAAAGAAAUAAAAAAUAUUUGCUAAGUAAUUCCUACCUCCUCUGCAAAUGAAAGUGAUCAGCCGUCUGACUCAGGCACACACUCUACAAACAAAGUGCCAAGUCUGUCUCACACUGUGCAUAGUGAUUUAUUGCACACUCAGAAAUCCUCUCAAAUGCUUAUACUUUACUCCUUGUAAUAACAUUGCCCAUGCUCAAUUAGCACUCUGCUGUAGUACCCACUGGUGGCUGCCAAAAUGUAAAAAAAAAAUAAAAAAAAAUGUAAUUCUUGCCUCAUGGGGCCCACCUAGCCCAUUGGGCCCCUGACAGGAGUCAUCCCUGUCACCCCCUGAUGGCAGCCCUGCGUGUCGGUAUAGGCUCUACGGAUCGUGUCGGUAUAGGCUCUACGGAUCGUGUCAGUAUAGGCUCUACGGAUCGUGUCGGUAUAGGCUCUACGGAUCGUGUCUGUAUAGGCUCUAUGGAUCGUGUCGGUAUAGGCUCUACGGAUCGUGUCGGUAUAGGCUCUAUGGAUCGUGUCGGUAUAGGCUCUAUGGAUCGUGACGGUAUAGGCUCUAUGAAUCGUGUCAGUAUAGGCUCUACGGAUCGUGUUGGUAUAGGCGCUAUGGAUCGUGUCGGUAUAGGCUCUAUGGAUCAUGUCGGUAUAGGCUCUAUGGAUCGUGUCGGUAUAGGCUCUAUGGAUCAUGUCGGUAUAGGCUCUAUGGAUCGUGUCGGUAUAGGCUCUAUGGAUCGUGUCGGUAUAGGCUCUAAGGAUCAUGUCGGUAUAGGCUUUACGGAUCGUGUCGGUAUAGGCUCUAUGGAUCGUGUCGGUAUAGGCUCUAUGGAUCAUGUCAGUAUAGGCUCUAUGGAUCGUGUCAGUAUAGGCUCUACGGAUCAUGUCGGUAUAGGCUCUAUGGAUCGUGUCAGUAUAGGCUCUACGGAUCAUGUCGGUAUAGGCUCUAUGGAUCAUGUCAGUAUAGGCUCUAUGGAUCGUGUCAGUAUAGGCUCUAUGGAUCGUGUCAGUAUAGGCUCUAUGGAUCAUGUCGGUAUAGGCUCUACGGAUCGUAUCGGUAUAGGCUCUAUGGAUUGUGUCGGUAUAGGCUCUACGGAUCGCGACGGUAUAGGCUCUAUGGAUCAUGUCGGUAUAGGCUCUACGGAUUGUGUCGGUAUAGGCUCUACGGAUCGUGUCGGUAUAGGCUCUAUGGAUCGUGUCGGUAUAGGCUCUACGGAUCGUGUCAGUAUAGGCUCUACGGAUCGUGUCGGUAUAGGCUCUAUGGAUCGUGUCGGUAUAGGCUCUACGGAUCAUGUCGGUAUAGGCUCUACGGAUCGUGUCGGUAUAGGCUCUAUAGAUCGUGUCGGUAUAGGCUCUAUGGAUCGUGUCAGUAUAGGCUCUAUGGAUCGUGCCGGUAUAGGCUCUAUGGAUCGUGUUGGUAUAGGCUCUAUGGAUCGUGUCGGUAUAGGCUCUACGGAUCGUGUCGGUAUAGGCUCUAUGGAUCGUGUUGGUAUAGGCUCUACGGAUCGUGUUGGUAUAGGCUCUACUGAUCGUGUCGGUAUAGGCUGUAAUGCAAGUAUUUUAGCCUCACCUCACAACCUGUAAUACCGGCGCUCUGGAAAUCUCACGCAAAAACGUAAUUUUUUUGAGUGCAGGAUUGACGUUGCGUUACAGGCUAAAAUGCUUGCGGUACAGCUAUACCGACACGACUCGUAAUAUGUGUUCCUGACCAUUACUCUGAAAUUGCCAUUUUUUUCCAGCGUUAAAAGUCGCAAUGCAAAACUCAUAAUCUAGGUGCUUGUGAUUAACCCUGGAACCCCCUCCAGCAUCACAUUAGCACAUUAUGUGUUAGGGUUUAAUUAAACAGAGUUUCAUAGACAAGCAUGUGCACGUGCCAAACGCAGCAAAUGACUUGCAGCCUUAAAGGGACUUUAAACACUAAAUCAUUAGUAGAUAGAAUGACGCAUUCUAAGAAAAGAUUCGUCUGAGAAUAACAAGUUGAUGUAUUUUAUAAAGUUUCAUGAGCUGUUUACAUGUUGACAAAAUAAGUGUAAAGUUUUACUGUCUAUAAAAGGAUGGGAGCUGCCAUGUUGUAACUUAGGUUACCGUCUUUGCUGUGACCAAUUAGGGACAGUUAUAAAUAGGUCACUAGAGUGUGCAGCUAAUGACUGUGUGGAAUAUAACAGUGUUCUGCACUUCCCUUUCUAACAGGAACAGAAAAGCUUACAAUUUCAGAAUGGAAAUACAAGAAAAGGGGACAAAAUAAAUAAUCAAAGUAUAUUGCAGUUAUUUGUAUAUAAACAAUUUAUCAUUUUAUAUUAGCAUCUCAAAGUGUUUACUGUCCCUUUAAAGGGACAGCCUUGUGUAAGAGAUAACUUGCUCUUUUUAAUUAGAGUGCUUUAUUUUUAAAAUAAAUUUCACUAAAUGAAACAAACAGUAAACAUAGUAUUCCUACAAUAUGUUUUUUGCAGAUCCAUAUAAUAAUCUGACCGGUGAUUGUAGCGUACAUAUGUAUGCUAUCUCCUGAUUUGUUCAGUAACUAUGCAUUGUGCUGCUGCAGGUUUUGUCUGUUGGCUGUUUAGUGCCGUAUGACCAGUAAGUGACUGUGUGUGAUGAACAAUAACUAUAUAAUUUCUGGGAUUUUGCAGUAAAUUACUACAUAUUCAUUUUGCUGUGCAUGAACUGGAGAAACCUUAUAUGUUUUAUUGUCACAAUAUUAAUAUUCCUGUCUUUUUGUGUAAUAAAUUGUUUUUGUUA